AUGACUCAGUUAUCAUUUAGUCAGAUCUCUUUCCUAACUUUCCAAGCUGUGGUUCAAGUUAUUAUUGUAUGUUUUGCAGGAUUUUGGGCUGCAAAAACUGGAUUAUUAAAUAAAAAUGCUCAAAAAAUUGUUAGUGUAUUAAAUGUUGAUUUAUUUACUCCAGCUUUAAUUUUUAGUAAAUUAGCAAAAUCAUUGUCCUUAAAGAAAUUAUUAGAAAUUAUUGUUAUACCUAUUUUUUAUGCAAUUUCUACAGGGAUUAGUUAUAUUGUUUCCCUAAUAGUUUCAAAAUUUUUUAAAUUUGAUGAAUAUGAAUCAAAUUUUGUUAUUGCAAUGAGUGUUUUUGGUAAUUCAAAUUCUUUACCAGUCUCAUUAACAGUUGCAUUAUCUUAUACUUUACCAAAUUUAGAAUGGUCAGAUGUUGAUAAUGAUUCACCAGAUCAAAUUGCUGCAAGAGGUAUCUUAUACUUGUUAAUUUUCCAACAAAUUGGUCAAGUUUUAAGAUGGUCUUGGGGUUAUAACACUUUAUUGAAAAGGAAACCAACUCCUUUAAAUUCUUAUACUGUUGAUGUUGAAGAUAGAUCUCAAAGGUUUCCAACUCCUGGUUCAAGUGAUUCUGAUUAUUCAAAAUCAAGUCCUGCAGAUCAUUUAUUAUCAAUAGAACCAAAUUAUGAUGAAUCAAUUGAAAGAGCAAAUUAUAAUGAUUAUUAUGAAGAAACUUCCCUAUUAAAGAAAACAUGGUUUAAACUAUCUCAAUUCUGGUCUAAUUUCCUAAGUUUUAUGAAUCCUCCAUUAUAUUCAAUGAUUGCUUCAGUUAUCGUGGCAUCAAUCCAACCAAUUCAAAAAGCUUUAUUCAUUGAUGAUGGAUUUUGGCAUAAUACUAUAGCAGAAGCUAUAAUUCAAUUAGGUUCAGUUUCAAUCCCAUUGAUUCUUAUAGUCCUAGGCUCAAAUUUAUAUCCAUCAUCAGAUAUCCCACCCGCAUCUCAAAACUAUAAAAAAAUCGUAUUUGCCUCACUCAUAUCAAGAAUGAUUAUACCACCAAUCAUAUUAUUACCAAUUAUAGCCAUAGUGGUUAAAUUUUUACAAAUUUCUAUAAUUGAUGAUCCAAUUUUCCUCGUGGUGGCAUUUAUAUUAACUAUUUCUCCACCGGCUAUUCAAUUAUCACAAAUUUGUCAAUUGAAUGAAAUUUUUGAACAAGAAAUGGCUGGGGUUUUGUUUUGGGGGUAUGUUGUAUUGACUUUACCAACUACUAUUGUUACUGUUAGUUGUGCUUUAAGAGUUUUAGAAUGGGCUGUGCCGUCAUAG